AUGAACUUUAUUCCUUCUUCUUAAUUAUCAUUAGAAAGAUUUUCAAGCUAGCAAUUGUAUUAGAAGCAAGUAAAGGAUAUGAAAAGGAAGAAUUUAGCAGGAACACUUUGGGAAAUAGUGAAUAAAAUGUCAAGAAAAAAAGAAAAAAAAGAUAAAUGGAAUGAAAAUUAUGUUAGUGAAUUUUCUUAAAAUAUUAAUCGUGGGGCUUUAUCAUGUUUUACUGAGCUUUGUACUGAAUUGGCUUGCAAUAAUAAAAUAACGUAAGUUAAGUUUUUAAGAAUAGUGAAGUCAAUUUGUCUAGAUGUAAUAUUAACAUCUACUAUGCUAUUGAGUUGGCUAAUUUGGUUUAAAAGAAUACAAAUAUCUAAGUAUUGUAAUUGGCUGGAUGCAAUUUGAAUUCGUUUUCUCUAAGUUGUAUAUUCAAAUCAGUAAUAGAUUAAACCUUAUUUAGAUGAUAGAUCAUACAGGUUUAACUCAUUUAAAUCUCUCUAAUAACAAGGGAUUCACAGUGACAUCAGUUGAGGAUUUUUGUAAAUAUGUCUUAAAAGGCAAAAACCCAUUAUUUGAAAUAAAUUUAAGCUUUUGUAAUCUUGAUAAUGCUUCAUUGUCACUUAUAUUACCAAAUUUGAAACAUUUGAGAUCAUUAAAGUAUAUAUUACACAUAUAAUUUUAAAGACGAUUCAUUAUUUCUUUGGUAAACUUAAAUUCUUCAGAGAGUAUUUUAGCAUUGAGUAGUGCUAUAAUUAAUUAUACAGGUAAUAAAUCUUUAGAUUAUUUGGAUGUGUCAUGGAAUUGGAUAACAAAUUAAGGACUUGAACUCUUAAGUGUAGCAUUAUUUAUGUCAGUAAGAUAAAUAAACAUUAAAUCAUUGAAUUUAGAAUAUAAUUAAUUGACAUAAGAAUGUAUAGAAUCAUUAGAAACGAUAUUAAUGAAAUUGAAUAUUGAAGAAAUAAACUUAUCAAAAAAUAAAAUAUCAGAAUUCUAAAAUUAAUAAGUCUUAAAUAAAAAAAUGAGUAGAGUUGAUUUAUCAUAUAAUAGAUUUGAAGAAAUCCCAACAAAUUUCUUUUUAAAUGUUCUUUCUCUUAAUUUAUCAAAUAAUUCAAUUAAAACUUAAGGAGCAUAUUAAAUAUCAUAGGUUGUUAGUUCUAAAAAGGUUAUGUGGAUGGAAUUAAAUUUGAAUAAUAAUGAAAUUUGUACAUAAGGUUUUGUUUCUUUGAUAUAUGCUCUUAUAGAAAAUUAAAGAUUAAUAAGUCUAUCUGUGGCAAAUAAUAAUAUUAGUGGUGAAGGUAUAUUAGUUUAUAUAUUCAAUCAUGAACAAUUAAAUUUGUAAUAUUUAGAUUUAUCUUAUAAUUAUUUAAGAUAUGAUUUAGUUUAUGCAUUAAUUUCUAUGAUGAAAGAAUGUCAAUUAAGAACAUUAGUAUUAUCAAAAUUAAGAUAAGAUGAAAAUGAUAUAUGUAGUGGAAGAGAAGAAUUAAUUGAAAUUAAAUGUACAAAUUUAAGAUAACUUGAUUUUUCUGAAAAUAGUUGUAUGAUUUCAUCAAUAUUAAAUUCAUUAUCAAAAUAAUUCAAUAGAAUAGAAUAUUUGAAUUUGAAUGGUUGUGAAAUUAAUUAAACACAUUUGGUAGAUGCACUUUCUUCUUUUCUAUCCAAUACUUAAACAUUAUAAACUUUAUUAUUGGCAAGAAAUAAUUUAGGUAAGAUGGAUGAAAAGAAUUUAAAAACAUUAAAUGAUGGAUUCUUCAAAAAUAAUUCAAUAACAUAUUUAGAUUUAUCAUCAAAUAAAUUAAAAAUAAAAAUAUUAUCUCUUAUUCCUGGAUUAUCUAAUUGUAGAUAUUUAAAAUAUUUAAACAUUAGUAAUAAUUUAAUUUAUGAAACAAAAAAUCUUAUUAAUGAUUUUCCUAAAUUACUUUCUAAUAUUAAUUUAUAAUAUUUAGAUAUAUCUAGAAAUUAAAUUGGAGGUUAAACACUCUAAUCUGCACGUAAAAAAUUGUUAAAAUCAUGUCGUCAAUUUCCAUAAAUUAAAAUGUAAAAACAACAAUUCACAGCUGAUGAUUUACAUAUAAUCACUUAAAUUAUUUCUGAAUCACAUUCAAUUAAAAGAUUAGAAUUAUAAGAUAAUGAUUCUUUAGAUUAUAUGAAUAAUGUAAUGAAAUUUGGAAAUGAUGUAAAAGUAUAAUCACUUUCUAUUAACAAAAUAUUAUUUAGAUAUGAUAGUUUCAAGAAUUUAAUUAAAACUAUUGAAGAAAAUUAUAGACAUAUAAGAUUUUUAGAAAUAUCAAAUACAUUAUUAUUUUAAGAAUAAUUAAUAGAAUUAUUUUCUUCAAUAAAAUUGAUAAAGAAUUUAAUUGUUAUAAUAUUAGACUAUUAAUCAUUUAAAGAAAAAGAUGAGAAAGUCUUAGAUACAUUAUAUAGUUGUUUAAAUUGUUUUAGAAAUGUCAAACAUUUUAGUGUAAGAAAAUCUACUCUUAGUUUUUCAUUCUAUGUUUUUGUAUCUGAAUUACUUAGAAUAUCUUCAAAAUUAAUGGAAUUAGAUUUAAGUGGAAAUGUUAUUAAUUUAAAUGAUUUCUAAGUAUUAUGUGAUGGAUUAUUUUCAAAUUCAAGUGUCACAAGUAAAUAUUAAUUUCUAUGAUUUAUAGCUUUAAAUUUAAAAAAUUGUAAAUUGAGUGAUGAAUCAAUACUUUAACUUAUGCCUUGUUUACAUUAAAAUUCAUCAAUUAAAAAUAUUGAUAUAUCUUAAAAUGAACUUUCAUUGAGUACAUUUAAUUAAAUUGAACAAGUAUUAGGAGGUCACAGAAGUUCUAUCUAAACAUUAAAAUUAUAAAAUUUAUAAACAUUUUGGGAUGUAGAUUCCAUUAAAAAUCAAAGUCAUGUAAGUAAUCUAUUAAGCAAUUUAAAACAUAUAGAUUUAUCUAUGAAUUCUAAAUAAAAUGAAAAUAUCAUUUAAUUGUUGGAUCAUUUCAUUAAAAUGAAAAUAAUUGAAAAUAUAUAAAUAUUGACACUCAAUAAUUGUGGUAUUAUGGAUGAUUAAUGUGGAACUUUAGCUAAAUUGAUUGAAGAUAAUAAAAUAAUAAAAGAAGCAUCAUUAAUUGAAAAUAGAUUUACAUGGAAAGGUUUCAAACUUAUAUUCGAUCCUAUUCUAAACAAUAAGAGUUCUUUAAUCAAAUUAAAUAUAUCAAAGUAAAAUAAUAAUAUGAAAUUAGAAAUUUUAUUGAUGAGUCAUAUUUUAAAGAUAUAACACCUGUAAAAAUAAUACCAUUAACUAAUUUUCGUUUAUUAAUUAUAGAUGGAAAUAAGUUUAAAGAACAUGCUUAAGGAAUUACUUUAUUAUUAUAAAAGAAUCCUAGACUUUAUAUUUACAAUAAUUGGAUGAAUGUAACUGAAGCUUUUGCUUAAUAGAUUAUUAAUUAAUAUGUAUUAUUUGCAAGUGAGAUUAAUUUAACAAAAGAAGUGCCUCAUUAUCUUACAUAAUUGAUUAUAAGAAAUACAAAAUUAAGUGAUUAAUUUUUUAUAUGGUUUGGAUCUCAAUACUUUAAAUUUCCUUAUUUAGAAGUCAUAGAUUUCCGAGGGAGUACAAAAUAUAUGACAAGUAUGAGUAAAAUGCACAUGUACAUAGAUAUAAUAAAUGAAAAUUUUGUUAAUUACAACAUUAUCGAAGUAUGUUUUGAUCAGAAUUAAGCUGACCAGUAAAUAUAGUAUUUAGAAUUAGGCCUAAUUAAUUUGAUGAUGGAUUAUUCAAAUAUUGGUUACUAAAUUUAAAAGUCUUUUUGUAAAAUAAGAAUCACAUUUCUUUAUAGAAAAUGGGUUAUAUAGUAAAUGAAACUGAAUAAGUGAGAUGGGGUAAAAUUGGAAAAUGGUUAGUACAUUUAAUCAACAAAACAUUAAAUUUAAUUUAAAGUUUAAGUUAUGAUUUUAGAUUUAGUAGUUCAUUACAUAGUUAUACAAGAAAAAAAUUAACUAAAAUUAAAAUUUACAUGACAAUAGGUUCAAUAGUUGAAAUCAUUAAAAUAAUGUUGGGUAUAGGAGCAUUAUCAAUGAGAAUAAGUAUAAAAGAUAACUUACUAACAUGUGUAGCCAAAAAUGGUUAAUGUUUUCAAAAUGAUCUUCAUGAAGGUUUUUUUGGAGAAGCCUACGUUUUCAUAGUAUUGAUUCUAUCCUAAACUUUUGCAAGUUUAUUACUAGCUAUUACAAUCAGAUUAAAGGCUACUCCAGAUUAUUGCAUUUAAACUACAGAAAUGGUAAGAUUUUAAAGAUUUAAAUUUGCACAUAAGAAUGAAGUAUGGUUAUGUUUUUUACAAUUCAUUAUUUCUUUUAAUUACUUUUUUGAAUGCAGAAUUAUGGGAUCAAAUUUAGAAAUUAUUUCUUUUAUUAGAGAUAAUGAAUAAGAUAAUCUUAUUGGGCUCAAAAAUCGUAUUAUAGUAGUUCUUAGUUUUAUGGCAGCAUUUAUGUUCCUGAAAGCAAUUUAUUAAGCUUACAUUACAUUCAAGUUUCUCCUACUCUUUCUAAAGACUUCUAAUGCAGAUUAAGCUAAUAUCCUUUAAUAAUGCAUGCUCAAAGUGCAAGCAGAUCAUAUGCUUAAUAUAGAAUAAGUAUUAAGCAAUUUUUGUCCUUAAUCUGGAAUAUAUAUUAAAGGAAGAUUGUGGAAUUAUAAGUAGAUCUUUGAGUUAAUUCAUGGAUUUAUUGAAUUUGCUAUAUUAGUUGUUGUUACUAUUCUUGGAAAAUAUAGAAAUGAUUUCUUAUAUGAAUAGAAGGUAUCCAAUAUGUAUACAUCAACUGAUAUUGUAACUAGCAUAUACUAUAUAAUUACAACUAUUAAGAUCUUUAUAUAUGUUUAUUAGGCUUUAUUAUCAAGACUACCAUAAUUAAAAGUAUCUGAUCUUAAUGAAGUGUUAUUAUUAAGAAGAUACCAAAAAUUAGGUAAUUCUUUAUAAAUUAUAUAAUAAAUACCUAAAAAAGAAAGGAAAUAAUCAUCUUUAUAAUCUAUUACUAAGAAGAGUGGUCAAGAUUUUAAAUUUGGGUCAAUUAUGAAAACUAAAAGUGAUAGAAGUAUUAUAUUACAAAAAAACACUAUAUAAUAGUUUGAUGAAGAACUAGAUUAUAUUUAAGAGAAUAUAUAACUUCCAAUGGGUCCAAUAAAAUAUAAAUCUAUGAAAAGCAUUUAAUUAAAUUCUUGA